UUGCAACGUCACAGUAAUCUCGCGACAUUUUGAUCGAUAGCCGUCCACGAGCUUAUCAGUCGACGUUCGGAGAUCGUUGGAAUCCUCGCCGUACAUGAACUGCUAGCGGAUAGGAAAAACAUGCUUUUAUUUCAUUUAUAUAUCUAACUUGAAUUUGCCUGACAGUCCGAUCUUCUAUUUAGGACGGGAAGGAGCCGCUUCAUUUGCGUGCGUCGUCACGUAGCUGCUACUAGCCUCGCGCUAGUUAGCUUCUUUGCUAACCAUCCAUUUCGGAAAAAUACAGGAAGCAGAGCACGCACGAAGCGCGGCCUAAAAGGUUGCUCUCUACUCACAGACGCCUUCGAUUAUUCUCAAAAUCUGCACAGGAUAUUUAAUCUGAAAUAAGGGCUCAGAUGGCACCAUACUCUCCUUCUCGCUCCAACUCCAGAUCCAAGUCCAGGUCCAGAUCUGUAUCUAGAUCUCAGUCUAGAAGCCGCUCUCGCUCAAGAUCCAGAAAGCGUCGUUACAGCUCUAGGUCCCGGUCCCGCUCUCGUUCCCGCACACCUAUGUCCUACCGAAAUUAUCCCUCCCGGGAUUAUCAGAACAACCGGGGCUACAACCGCGGCUACAACCGCGGCUAUCGGAGGCCCUUCCACUUCCGCGGCCGCAAUCGGGGCUAUUACCCUCGCGGUCACUACCAGAACAGGGGAGGCGGCUAUGGCUACAAGUCUAACUGGCAGGGCGGCGGAGGCGGCGGCGGCGGCUGGCACGACCGCAAACGUGACCAGGACAACCGCUCGCACAGCCCCAGGAGAGGGCGCUCACGCUCCCACACGCCAAACAAGCGCUCGGCCAGCCGCUCGCACUCCCGCCACUCGGACCGCUCGUCGUCCGAGCAGUCUCAUCGCUCGAGGGCUUCCAGCACCUCCAGGUCACGCUCGUCCACCCCGUGCCCCCGCAACAAGGGCAAACCCAGCUCCAAGAUUACGAAGGAGAAGCAAGGAGAGAGUCAAGCGGAGAAGCCAUCCGGAGAAGGCACCGUGAUCGAGAAAGCCUCCGGAGGUAAAUGGAUCGACUACGAGGCGGGCCGAGGCGGCUCCGAGGCGGCUCAGAAGGAAGACGCCGCGUCCGCCGACAGCCCCCCCAAAUCGGGGCAGACGGCCUCCUUCGGCGGCUUCGGCUUCUUCUCCAAGGAGGAUGCCAAGUCUGGAGAAAAGAUGGUGAUCUCUGCUGCCUUCAAAAAGUUCUUGGCUGAAAACAAAAACAAAAAGCAGGCCGCUGAGAAGGACGAUGGAAACGAGAGCGAGAAGAGCAGCACCGAGAGAGAUCAAGAGAAGGGCAUCAAGUCCGGAGACGUCUUCAGCAUCUCCAUUCCGUACGUCGACGCCAAGGAUGACAAGACCUUGCCGUUCUUCGACGAAGAGGAGGAGGAGUUCCUCAAGUCGCACGGCUUGAAAGACCGAGACGCAGACGAGGACGGUGCGGGCAAGUCCAACCCCACGCCGCGAGACAUCUUUGGGAAGUGGGGCGACGAGCCCACCUAUUCCACCUCCUACCCGUUGCUGAAGGAGAAAAGCCGCAGAGAUGAGGAUGCGGAGACCUUGGAUAAAAUGGUGGAGGAGAUGUAUCAGAGCCGCAAGCACAGCAAGAAAGAGGAGAAGGCCAAGAAGAAGGAGAAGAAAGAGAAGGAGAAAGAGAAGAACAAACGUAGUCCCUCCCCCGCUGUGCCUUCCAAAGUCAAGGACAGACCGCUCUUCCCCGGGGCUUUCCCUCGUGAGGAGUCUCCCGCACGCCUGGCGUCAUCCAGGGAGGACUUUGAACAGAGAGUGGCGUCUUUGGAAGAAAUGCCAAGCUCCUCUAUGGCUAAGAAUCGCCUCACGGCCAGAGAUCUGGUGAAUCCCUCGAAGAAAGAUUCGGAGUUCCGCUCCAUCUUCCAGAAUAUUCAGUCCACCCAGCUUCGCAGCAGCCCCGCUGAGCUCUUCGCUCAGCACAUAGUGUCCAUUGUGCAUUACAUCAAAGCUCAACACUUCCCUUCCUCAGAAAUGACUUUAAGCGAGCGCUUCGCCAUGUACCAAAGAAAAGCUGCAGAGGCAGAAAUGAAGCCAAGGAAGAGCCCCGAAAUCCACAGGAGAAUUGAUGUUUCCCCCAGUGCCUUUAAGAGGCACUCUCACCUGUUUGAGGAAAUGGACGACCCCAGUUUCAAGGCUUCGACGGCUGCGUCUUUGCUCACGCCCGUGUGCCUUUCGCUGCAGGAUUCAAGCAAAAAGUUGAAAGGGGACACCAUGGACCUUCGUCUGGACAUUGAAAGGCGUAAGAGGUUUGCCGGGAAGGAGUACAAGCGCGAGGCAGGCCGGAGCCCAGAAGGCUCCCGGGAGAGGUCCUCUGAGAAAUCGGGGAAGCACCACAAGAAAUCCAAGAAAUCAAAGAAGAAGCGUGACCGCUCGCCAUCCUCGUCCUCUUCCUCGUCCUCCCCGUCCCCUUUCCCGUCCGCGCCGCCACCGUUCCGACCCAAGGAAUACAUGGCAGGAGAAGGGCCGGAGCAUUUUGAGGAGGGCUUCUCUCACACCCGCUACCCGCCGCGGGACUACGGGGGGGACCGCGGGCACCCGCGGGAUUUUGAGGGCCAGCACAUGGAAGGCCAGAGAGGCAGAGGCCGCGGAUUCUUUCCCAGAAUGAGAGGACGAGGAUGGAACAGGGGCAAUUAUCCAGGCAACAACAACAACAGCAAUGGCAACCCUGCCAACAUGAAUCCUCAAGGGCGCCCCCCAGAGGAGGAAUGGGAUCCCGAGUACACACCCAAGAGCAGGAAGUAUUACUUGAGGCCAACGCGCGCACAGCAGGAUCAGCUGCAUGAUGACCGCGAUGGCGAGAAAACCUGGGUGGACAACCGCGGGCGCGGCCGGGGGUCCUUCAUGCCCCGCCGGGGUCGCUUCGUGUACCGCAAGGGAGGCAGCAGCCCCAAGUGGGCCCACGAUAUGUUCCAGAAUGCGGAGCAGCCCGAGAUGGGAGAAGACAACAUCGAGGCGGAGCAUAAAGAUGCCAAGAGUGCUGACGAAGGCCUGAAAUCCUAAACAGCCAGUCGGUGUGUCCACAUGUUGGUGCGCUUGUUUUUUUUCUCCCCCCUCCCCACCUGUAUCUCUCCUCAUUUCAUUGUCUUUAUAGAUCGAGUGAAGAAGUUGGUUUAAAGUUUUUAUGUCAUGUGUUCGAUGACCGAACGGUUUAUUGUUGAAUACUAAGGCGGCGGCGUUAAAUAAACGUGGGAAAAAAUUACAAAAAUAUUUGUGCCUUAGAUGACUAAAAAAAAAGAAAAAUACAAUUCUACGUAAGUGUUUUUGCGGUUUGAAACGGAGGGAGAAUUGAACCCCAUUAUAUCUUUUUUUUCUUUUUUUUUUUUCUCUUUCUCUAGGGGGCCCCGCUGACAUCUUGAUGUUAAAACUGCAUGAACAUAUUAAUGCUUCUCUCCAUGGGACCAAUCAAUAGUUGCAAUUUGGAUUUAAAAAAAAAAAAAUUUUAGCACCCACUUCAUUUGUGAAUAUAUUAGUGUUUCCAUUUAAAAGUCCACCUGAAAAUCAAACUGUUUUGCUAUAGACAUAAAAAUAUGGAUACUUGCUCUCUAGGUUUAUAUGUCAUUUUAGCAAAGUAGCUACCUUUUUAUUUGAUGUAGUUUUAAUUGACAGGCAGAAGUUGCGUAAUUAUGUACACAGUUAUAAAUGUUCAAUUGUUGUAAUACUUGGGGGUAAACAAGUUGAACUAUUUUGGGGGGGUGAAGGUAAUUUCAGUUUAAACUCGUCAUUAAAGCGGACGUUAAAAAAAAAGAAAAGUAGGCAAGAUGUUUUCAAUCUCUUGACUGUACGCAACAACUGUGGAUCUGCGGUUCUUUUUGUUUAAUAUGAAGCUGGCAACUUUUAUAUUGUUGAAGAGCUGUCAUGUUUGUCGUUUAAUUUUCAAUAAAUGUCCUUAUCUUUAA